UACCUCACCCUGCAGAUGACAAACUACAUCUCACCAUUAAACUCCAUACUUGAGAAGUUAAAUCGUUUGUAUCAUACAUUUCGUUGAAUUUGUUUAAAUAGCCAGAUUUUACCCAUCAAGAUGGUACUACCUUCAGCUAACCAUUUGAGGAUUACACAGUGCAUCUUAAUAUUUGCCAUCUCGGGUUCCCUGUCAGUGCCCUACUCAGUCACUCCAGCAGGUAUGAGCACCACCCCAACAAACAAAAUGGUAUUCCAGAUGGACAUAAAGAUCACCAAUCGGGUCUUCAAUGACUCCCUAUUGAAUCCAAAUUCCGAGGACUACAAGAAAUUGUAUGGUGAGGUCAGCCAACUGCUUGCUGAUGCCUACAAGUCUCCUACAUCCGGAACAGCAUCCACUUAUGAGGGCGUUGCAACAAUGACUUUCAGAAAUGGAUCAGUGAUAGCAAACACUGACAUAGUUUUCAACACAACGCUUAUCAAUGGAUUUGUGGUCAAGUUUGAUUUCCUGGAUUAUAUCGAUGCCAAUCCUUCUGCCCUUCUCCAGAUAGAUACAAAUUAUAUUGAAUCAGAAACAGUUGUGGCUCCAACCUCAACCAUAACCACCCCCACCUCAACCAUAAUCACCCCCACCACACCCACUACAACAAUAACUCACAUGACUGCAACCACUACUAACCCACCAACAACCACACCAUUGGCUACAAAUACAACUAUGAAAAUUCCAUCAACUUCCACCCUAUUGGCUCCAAAUACAACUAUGAAAAUUCCAACAACUUCCACCACAUUGGCUCUAAAUACAACUAUUAACAUUCCUACAAAUUCAACUCCAUUGGUUCUAACUACUUCUACGAAUAUUUCUACAAAUUCCACUCCAUUGGCUCUAACUACAUCUAUAAACAUUCCUACAAAUUCCACUCCAUUGGCUCUAACUACUUCUACAAAAAUUCCUACAAAAUUCACCUCAUUGGCUCCAAAUAUAACUGCGACAAAUACAACGAUGAAAAUUCCAACAAAUUCCACCACAUUGGCUCUAAAUACAACUAUUAACAUUCCUACAAAUUCAACUCCAUUGGUUCUAACUACUUCUAUGAAUAUUUCUACAAAUUCCACUCCAUUGGCUCUAACUACAACUAUAAACAUUCCUACAAAUUCCACUCCAUUGGCUCUAACUACUUCUACAAAAAUUCCUACAAAAUUCACCUCAUUGGCUCCAAAUAUAACUGCGACAAUUCCAACAACCACUCUAUUGUCUAAAAAUACAACUAUGAAAAUUCCAGCAACUUCCUCCCCAUUGGCUACAAAUACAACUAUGAAAAUUCCAACAAAUUCCACCCCAUUGGCUUCAACUACAACAACAAAAUUUCCAACAACUUCCACCCCAUUGGCUCCAUCUACAAUUACGAAAGAUCCCUCCACUAAAGGCAUUGGAAAGAGAAACAAUAGUGCACUCCCUACAUCCAGUCCUACAAAUAUGUCAUCUUCAAUGACAACUGGUGGUUCAGGAGGACACUACAAGACUAAUACAAUUCAUCCACCCACCACAAGUCAUGGUGCCAGUCCUUCACCUGGGACAGUGGACGCAGAAAAAAACAGUAAGAGACCAAACAUCUCCCCAUCUGGUGGUUUAACCAACCGUCCGCUGAAGCCUUCCAUCGUGCCUCAGUCAAGCACCAUAACUAAAUCUAGCACAACUGCCAACGCAGCAUCCAGGGAUAAUGGUGGUGGGUUCAGUGACUGGGUACCGGGAUGGGCCAUUGCGCUGUUGGUGUUAGCUGCUGUCAUCCUGCUGCUCCUCAUUAUCAUCUUCAUCAUGAUGGUGGUGCGCUGGUGCUGUAAAAGGUCAGAUGGUCCAUACGCUCAUGAAAAAAAGAGCACCCCCAACAUGGACUCUUUCCCCACAUAUGUCCCCCAAGCCCCUGUACAGGAGCAACCCAAUGGCAAGACCAUUGAGACUAUCCAGGAUGACCCACGAAAGAAGAAAAAAAACUGGCAUGUACAUAGUGAACCCCUGAGCAGGAAGAUGUGGAGGUGACAUACCAACAGGCAAACUCUUGUCUGCAGAACAAGAUCUGACAAAGAUGAGCUACAAGCAAAACCAAGUCACAACCUCUGUAGAUUCUGUAUAGUUUGUCAGGAAUUUGGCAUGUUAUAUUGGAUGAAAAUGAUCUGAAUGAUUUCAUAUGUUUGUAUUUAUUCCACAAAUCUUGCGCAUAAACUUUGGGCAACCUUGCUAGUA